AUGAUAAUCAUAGCCCUUGGAUUUGAAAGACAAAGCGCAAUACGGGGUGCUGUUGUAAAUGUUCCUGUUUCUGUAAAUGAAACAGUUACAGCUCUUCCUAGAACAUUCGACCAAGCUAAUGUAAUUCAGCUUCAUUUAAGGCGCCGUCUUGAAUAUCAGCAUGAUUAUAUGACUGAAACAAUUAGACCAGCUAAAGUAAUUGAGGCCGCCAGGUAUUUGAUUACCACCGAAUUGUAUAUCAAACAUGGUAUACAUAUCGAUGAUAAUUGGUUUAGUAGUUUUGAUUCACAAAAUGUUGUACCAUUUUUUGCUGACCGACGGGAUGAAAAUAUUAUUAGAAAUAUCUUCAACCAUCAGACUAUUAGCGGCAAUAAUGAUAACAAUAUUGAUGAAUUUGAUAUGGAAAACCUGAAUCCUGGUGGCCAACAAACAUUACUUGAUAAUGUUCCUGUAGAAAAUAUUCCACUGCAGAGAGUAAUUAUUGCGCCUGGGGAGGGACAGCGUCCUCUUGAUAUGGUAGUGGAUGAAGAUUCCGAGGAACUCGCAUUCGUUACUAUUUAUGGAGGAAAGAAAAGAACGUGUCCAGAAACAUACAGUAAAAUUGUUCGGUCAGAAUUACGAAGAUAUGACAGACGAGCUUGUAGAAUAGAUAAGCUACUCUACAGUUACAAAAAACUUGAGCUUUUGUCAAUAAAGAGUGCUAUGUCCAUCGCUUUACGCAAGCAUGUUAGAUCGACAAAUGUCACGGCGGGUAAUGCCCUUAACGAUGCAUUCAUGAAUAACCUUAUACAACACGAUGAUGGAUAUCGUAUUUUAAAAGGUGUGCGAUCUUCUCCAGCUCACUGGGAAGCUGAAAAAAAGAAAGCAGUGGCAAUGAUUCGACAAUUUGGCCUUCCUACCUUUUUUAUUACACUUUCUGCAGCAGAAACAAAAUGGAUUGAACUGUUGGUUAUUUUAUCAAAAACGGUUGAUAAUGUUGAAAUAACUGAGGAUGAUGCUAACAACCUAAGUUUUGCCGAAAAGGCCAGACUUAUUCGCAGUGAUUCCAUAACUUGUGCCCGUUAUUUUGAUUUUAGGUUUCGACAACUUUUUGCCCUUUUCAAGAUGAGUAAUGGAGUUUUUGAUAACCAUCCCGUGGAAAAAUAUUACUGGAGAGUUGAGUUUCAGCAGAGAGGAUCUCCACAUAUCCAUGGUAUGUAUUGGUUAAAAGAUGCUCCAAAAAUUGACCUUAACGAUCAGUCUACUUUUCCCGCCGUAGUUGCGUUUAUUGACAAAUAUAUAAGCACAAAUGGUAGCGAUCCAUGUGUUGCCCAAUAUAUUGAUUAUCAAAAACACAACCAUAAUCGGUCUUGUACUAGGGAAUAUAGGGGAGAAAGAAUUUGCCGGUAUGGUAUUCCAUAUCCACCAAUGCCUCAAACGGAGAUUCUUACUCCUCUUCCAGAAAGCUUUGAAUGUAUAGAUCAAUAUAAGGAUUUAUAUGCCAAAAUUCAAAGCCUUCUAAAUUCUAAUUUAAGUGGUGAAGAAAUAUCCAAUUUAAAUGACUUUGAAUGCUUCUUAAACAGUGCUCACAUUAAUAUGUCAUAUGAGGAAUACAAAUUGGCUUUGCGUUCAUCUCUUAAGAAGCCUAGAAUUUUUUUACGUAGAAGGUUCGAGGACAAAAUGCUAAACGCGUAUAAUCCCACAAUACUGCCAUUGCAUAGAGCAAAUAUGGAUAUUCAAUUUAUAUUGGAUGCAUAUGCAUGUUGCAGCUAUAUUGUUAAUUAUAUUAACAAAUCCAAUCGGGGAAUUUCCAGAAUUUUACGCGAGGCAGUUGAUGAAAUUAGAGGAGGGAAUUUUUCUAUUAAGCAAAAACUUCAACAUAUUGGACAUAAGUUUAUUUCAGGAACUGAAAUUUCUGCACAAGAAGCAACUUAUUGUUGUUUGGGAAUGCACCUUUCGGAAAGCAGUAAUGCGGAUAUAUAUAUAAAUACAGGUAGACCCGAAGAACGAGUAUUGAUUCUAAGGUCACGCGAUCAGCUACAAAACUUGCCACCAGACUCUACAGAUGUGUACGUAACAAGUCUUUUGGACCAUUACGUUCAGAGACCUGAUGAGUUAGAUUCACUGUGCUUGGCAGAUUUUGCAGCUUUUUAUAAGUUUUCACGAACCGCAAGAUAUAUACAAAAUGAUGAAACUUAUAAUGAGCACGAAGACCACGAAGAAAACGAGUUAUCUGGAAGAUUUCUGAGAUUAAAAGAUAAUAGCGGAUUCAUCAAAAAGAAAACGAAGCCAAAUGUUAUCAGAUAUAGGCAUUAUAAUGCAAAUACUCAUCGAAGUGAUUACUUUAGAGAAUUGGUAAUGUUAUACCAUCCCUGGCGAAAUGAAGAAAUCGAUAUUUUGCAAAAUGAUAACGAAGGCUUUUGUAGUAUUCACAAGGAUUCCAUUGAAUCAAACCGGAAAAGGUAUGAUGUUUUUGAAGAAAGGGAACUUGAAAACGUUCUUGAAAAUCUAAGGCAUGAAACCGAAUCCGACAGUAAUGGCAACGAAGAUAAUGAUAAUACAGCUAUUGAUAACGAGUUUAGAGUUCUGGGUGUACCUGAAAUAAAUCCAGAUAUUAAUGUUCUUAACAUACCCGAAAACGAACCAACUGAGGAAUCUUCGGAAGGUUGUAUUCGUUUGAUUAAACUUCCGCCACUUAUACCAGAAAACGAUUUGUUAACAAUGGUGAGAUCAUUGAACAAUAAACAAAAGCUUUAUUUAUCCCAUUUGUUACAUAACAUUAAAUUGGGACAUUCAUUUUACGAAUUUGUUGGAGGUGGUGCUGGAGUCGGUAAAAGUAGAUUAAUAUCUGCUAUAUAUCAAUCUUUAAAUUACAGACUAAAUUUUAUUCCUGGUACGGAUCCCAGUUUGAUAAAAGUAUUGCUUUGUGCACCUACUGGAAAGGCAGCAUUUGGCAUUGGUGGAGCUACACUUCAUUCAAUGUUUUCACUGCCAAUAAAUCAGUCUGCGGCAGAGCUUAGACCUUUAAGCAGUGAUACAGCUAAUGCUUUGUAUUCAAAAUUUUUAAACUUAAAGCUCCUAAUCAUAGAUGAAAUAUCUAUGGUAGGAUCAAAAAUGCUCAGGUAUCUCGACGCAAGACUGAAGCAAGUAUUUAAAUCGACUGCACCAUUUGGAGGAAUUUCUCUGGUAGUGUUUGGGGAUUUGAGGCAACUUCCGCCUGUAGGAGAUAGUUGGAUAUUUUCUGCACCAUCAAAUGAUCCUUAUAGUGUUAUAUAUGGGUCUACAUUAUGGGACAUGUUUAAAUAUUUUGAACUAAAUGAAAUAAUGCGUCAGAGAGAAGAUCAAGCAUUUGCAAGAGCUCUUAAUAAUAUGGCUUGCGGAAAAAUGUCUGAACAAGACGUCUCUUUGAUGAAAUCGCGGGAAGUUCUUGAGUCAAAUGUUCCAGCCGAAGCAAUACAUUUACUAUGCACAAAUGCUGAAGUUGAUAACUGGAAUGCUAUUAAACUCAAUAGUAUAACUACAGAAGAAUCAAUUUCUUAUGCCGAUGACCAAGUAAAAUCAGUGGGAUUAUCCAGAGAAAAUAGAGCUAGUAUUUUGGAAAAUGUUAAAGUUUUCAAAACAUCCGAGACACAAGGACUUCGGUAUGAUUUGAAAUUAAAGACAACUGCAAAGUAUAUGGUUACAGUAAAUAUUAACACUAGUGAUGGCUUAGUCAAUGGAGCAACAGGGCAACUCAUGCAAAUUGACUUUGAUAACAAUCACAAACCAUUUACAUUGUGGAUUAAAUUUUCUGAUACUUCUAUUGGUGUUUUGGCUCGGUUACAAAGACGACAUCCAAAUGAAGCUUUAUGGACACCUAUAGAAAUGUUAGUACGGUCCUUCCAAUAUAAACAGAACGAAAAUGUGAACAUUGACCGUAAACAGUUUCCAGUUGUACCAGCUGAAGGUAUAACUAUCCAUAAAAGCCAAGGAGCAACAUAUGAAAGCGUAGCUGUUCAUUUAAAAUCAGGCAUGAAACGCUCUGCUUUAUAUGUUGCAUGUAGUCGAGCAAAAAGUGCUUCGGGACUUUAUUUAAUUGGCAAGUUCCCAUCUAAUUUACCUAAAGUGACAAAUAAUGACUUAGUCCAAAUGGAGAUGAAUAAUCUUCAAAAUAGUAAAAAACUAACAACAAAUUUUGAUUUUUUGAUGGAUAGAAGAUUAAAUAUAACUUAUCAUAAUGUUCAAAGCUUACAUGCUCAUAUUGAAGAUGUUCGUUGUGAUAAGUUGAUGUUGCAGUCGGAUAUCCUUUGUUUUGUUGAGACUUGGACUUUAAGUCAUGAAAACUAUGAUAUUCCUGGUUUUAGCAUUUUACCUAGAAUGCGAUUAGAUUCAAAUGAAAACGCAAAUAGACGAUGCAAACGUGGAAUUAUCGUUUACGUGAAAAAUGAACUUGCAAAUUCUAUACAAUAUUGCUAUAGUAAACAAGCUCACAUUGCAAAUAAAACAUUCGAAUUUAUUAUAUUUAAGUGCCAGGAUUUUAACAUUACCGUUUUGUAUAGAAAUAAAAACUACCCUGCUGGAUCUGUAAUUAGAGAGUUAAACGAGUUGUUUUCCCAAAGUAACUAUUUUAAUGACAAAUCCAUUAUAAUUGGAGAUUUAAAUAUUUGCCGAAGAAACAGUUGCAGCGAGUUAGAAAGACAACUAAGGGAUAAAGGUUUUAACUCUCUAAAUUCGACGAGCACUACAAAAAGUGCAACACAAAUUGAUUGGUGUUUUUCAAAUUUAGACGAAAGCACGAUUAGUGCUAAAACAUAUGAAACUAUCCAUAGUUACCAUGACGCAAUAUGUGUUAGCAUAUUAAGGUAG